CCGAGAAGGGGGAGGGUGGUCUUGCAGUCGACGCGAAGGAACAGGACUUUAUUGAGGAGUAGCUGCAUCGGUGGAGUGGGGGGGGGAAAGCCCCUCGCCUUGCGGAUGCUUGGAGAGGAAAGAAAGGGAGGAGAGGAAGGGGGGAAAAAAGAGAAGAAAAAUUGCGCGCUGAAACAAAUCGCCACUUUGCGGCUUUGUCGAACUUGUUGAUGCGACGCUAUUGCGCCGUUGUCCGUCGGCGUGUGCGCGCGAGCGCGUGUGUCUGCAGUAAGGAUGGAUGGGAGGCGAGACGGCAAGUAGUCUCCUGAGAGGAUUUGAUUCAAGUCCCCGUCGAGGCAGUUUAAGGAGCAGCCUACCCUAGGCUUCCCGACUUCCAGGUCAGCAUGGCAGCAGGUGUGGCGGCGUGGCUUCCGUUCGCCCGCGCGGCGGCCAUCGGCUGGAUGCCGGUGGCCAGCACCCCGAUGCCGGUCCCCCCGCAGGACAAGCGCAAAGCCCAGGACGGGCUGAUCGUCCUCAACGUGAGCGGCACCCGCUUCCAGACGUGGCGGACCACGCUGGAGCGCUACCCGGACACUCUGCUGGGCAGCACCGAGAAGGACUUCUUCUUCCACGAGGAGAGCCACGAGUACUUUUUCGACCGCGACCCGGACAUCUUCAGGCACAUCUUGAAUUUCUACCGCACGGGGAAACUCCACUACCCGCGCCAGGAGUGCAUCUCGGCCUACGACGAGGAGCUGGCUUUUUUCGGGAUCAUCCCCGAGAUCAUCGGGGACUGCUGCUACGAGGAGUACAAGGACCGGCGGCGCGAGAACGCCGAGCGGCUGCAGGACGACGAGGAGAUGGACGGCGGCAACGAAGUGACGCCGGUCAACCUGACGGCCAGGGAGUACCUGUGGCGCGCCUUCGAGAACCCGCACACCAGCACCCUGGCGCUCGUCUUCUACUACGUCACCGGCUUCUUCAUCGCGAUCUCGGUCAUGGCCAACGUGGUGGAGACGGUGCCGUGCGGGACGCUGCCCAACCGCGCCAAGGAGGUGUCGUGCGGCGACCGUUACGCGCUGGCCUUCUUCUGCUUGGACACGGCGUGCGUGAUGAUCUUCACGGUCGAGUACCUGCUGCGCCUCAUCGCCGCCCCCAGCCGCUACAAGUUCAUGAAGAGCGUGAUGAGCGUCAUCGACGUGGUGGCCAUCAUGCCCUACUACAUCGGCCUGGUCAUGACCGACAACGACCAGGUGAGCGGCGCCUUCGUCACGCUGCGCGUCUUCCGGGUCUUCCGGAUUUUCAAGUUCUCGCGGCACUCGGCGGGCCUGCGCAUCCUGGGCUACACGCUGAAGAGCUGCGCCUCCGAGCUGGGCUUCCUGCUCUUCUCGCUCACCAUGGCCAUCAUCAUCUUCGCCACCGUCAUGUUCUACGCCGAGAAGGGCUCCGCCGCCAGCAAGUUCACCAGCAUCCCCGCCGCCUUUUGGUACACCAUCGUCACCAUGACGACGCUCGGGUACGGCGACAUGGUGCCCAAAACAAUCGUGGGGAAGGUGUUCGGCUCCAUAUGCUCGCUGAGCGGGGUGCUGGUCAUCGCCUUGCCCGUGCCCGUCAUCGUGUCAAAUUUCAGCCGCAUCUACCACCAAAGCCAGAGGGCGGAGAAGCGACGAGCCCAGAGGAAAACUCGGCUCGCUAGAAUCCGUGCGGCGAAGAUUCGGGGCACUAAUGCCUAUAUGCGCUACAAACAAAACGGGCUCCUGAUCGACUCACUGGAGGAGGCCUCCAAGGAGGCAGGACAAGCCCUGGUGGGGAAGGCCGCCAGCCCUCCGUUCGAGAGCCAACACCAUCACCUGCUGCACUGCCUGGAGAAAACCACGAACCACGAGUUCGUGGACGAGCAGACGUUCCAGGCCAACUGCACGGAGAUCUCGGUGAUCAAAAAGUCGGGCUCGCGCACCUCGUCGCUGUCGUCGUCGCCGCCGCACGGCCUGGGCUCGUGCUGCUCGCGGCGCCACCGGAAUAAGAGCGGCUUCAGCCUGCCCAGCACAAACAACCAGGAGCUCAGCACCAUCCAGAUCCCGGAGAGGCCCGUGGCCAACAGCCGCUCCAGCCUGAACGCCAAACCGGACGAGAGGGCGCCCUUGAAAUGCGACCAAGCUUACGUCAGCCCCCGCAUGGUGAGCCUGGCCUCCCCAACGGCGAGCUCGCCCGGCACCGCCUCGGCGUACUCUCAGAGCAACAUUGUGCGAGUUUCGGCCUUGUAGACACCUGCCCAGAGACCUUUGCCCCCCCCCCCUCCUGCCCCCUCUCAAUGCAACCCCCAUGCUCAAGGAGACGGGACCAGCGAGCAUGAACCUGCCAUAACCCCGGAGGGAUUACGAGAUGAUUUGUUUCCGGCCGGUGAUCUCAUCUGAUGUCAAACUCUUUCUGCAUGUUUUUUUUUUUUUAUUUAUUUUUUUUAGUCAACAUGGACGACGGCGAGAAGUGACCAGCACAUGUUGUCCCGUUAAGCACAGCACAGCCGAGGGAAUGAGCGGUGAUCGUCGUUGCCUCAACAUACUGACACUUUACUUUGGAAUAUGUCUAUUGCAGUGAUUUUUUUGUUUUUUUUUUGGAGGGGGGGGGGGGGGGGGGGGCCCUCUGAUGACAAAGCACACCCGUUCAUUCCCCUCCCCGCAAAGGCUGUUUUUGUGAAAACAGUGGUACCUUGACUUACGAGUUUUCCCACGCCCGCCGGCUUCGCACCCCGCACUUUUCACUAUUGGUCUUGAGCAGACAGACCACAGUCGCCACGAAAAACAUAUACAUAUACAGAAGUGAGGGAUCAUCUUAAACAAAAUCAAUUUUAAAAAAUCAGUCCAUAACCACAAUAUGUGGGGGUCCACUGUAUAAUUUGCAAUUCCAUUUUGCGUGUCAGUUUUAAGCGACGGAUUGAACACAAACAGUGCGGCAACACGUUAGAUAGACAAUAUAACAGUACUCACAGCCACACACUUUAUUCUUUAGCCUCUGUGUAGAACGACUAAUAUUAGUGCCGUACUGAUGAGUUGAUCGGAUACCUGCUUUGUGUUACGAGGUGGGUCACGGAACACAUGAAACUCAUUUUUCAAGGCACCGCUGUACUUUCAAAGUGUGUUUUAGUAAGUUGAAGUGUUUUUCAAAACGUUGAAAAGUGUUCCAAGCGUCUGGGAGGGGUAAAACUAAUAAUACAAUGGUACUAUUGUUUUUUCUAAAUGGUCUGUACAUCGCGGGCGGGUCUGGAACGUACAUCCCCCCGCGACUCGCUGCAACUGGUGAGCCAAGGUACCACAGCGUUCCAUCUCGUCAGCGCCACAAAAUUGCUUUAACCCCGCCCCCACCGAUCUUGUAAAUUCACAGCAUCGCGGAAUGGAAACUUGUUGUGACAGAGAUGAUCUUGCGCCUGCCCAGUCCGAAGCCGCAUCCCGACAUUUUUCUUGGCGGAAAAUGUGUGAAAGUCGUCCAAGCUUACGUGUGAGCCACUCCACCAAAUACGAACGCGAGUACUUGGCCAUGAGGUAGAAUAUAAACCGCAUUUUACGCAGGUGUUUACUUUGUAAGCACUUUGAAAGAGUUGGGAAGAAUUCCAAUUAUGGAUUAUCGUGAUAUUCUGAAGCAAGUCUGGAUAGAUUUCACUGUGUUUAAGACCCAUUUUGUACAUUUUUCAUAUUGUAAAUAUCUCCAGGACUUGAUCGAUCGGGAAGUUGGAUCCUCGUAUUUCGAGAUUGAGUUUGGUUUGGACAGUGGUUGGCGUUCUAUUUCUGUCUGUCGACCGGUUGGAUUAAGGAUUUGCAUGCGGUCAUUUGCAAAAUUCUGUUCUAUUAAAGUUUGUCUCUGCUU